UCGGGCCGCAGGCGUGGCGCCCGGUCCUCGGAAGAGCUGCUCUUCAGGCUCCCGACGGCCGGCAGAGCAGCGGCUGCAGGACCCUCCCGCCGCCGGCCGCUCCCCUACCCACUUUCCCGCCGGCCCCUUCCUCUCUUCCCCGGCCCUCCUCCCUGAGCCGAGCGGAAGUGACGCGAGGCGUAGCGGAAGUCCCUGCAGCCGCGGUGUUGUGCUGUGGGCAAGGGAAAAGGAUUUGUAAACCCCGGAGCGAGGUUCUGCCUACCCGAGGCCGCUGCUGUGCGGAGAGCCCCGGGGAAAGCCACCAUCACCAUGUCUGACCAGGAGGCAAAACCUUCAACUGAGGACUUGGGGGAUAAGAAGGAAGGAGAGUACAUUAAACUCAAAGUCAUUGGACAGGAUAGCAGUGAGAUUCAUUUCAAAGUGAAAAUGACAACACAUCUCAAGAAACUCAAAGAAUCAUACUGUCAAAGACAGAUGCAGGGGCCGGGCCCUGGGCCGUCUUCUACUGCUUUCCCAGGCCAUAGCAGAGAGCUGGAUUGGAAGUGGAGCAGCUGGGACUCAAACCCACACCCAUAUGGGAUGCUGGCACUACUGCAAGCACCGGCUUUACCCACUGUGCCACAGUGCUAGCCCAAACUGUUUCUGUCUUGAUGUCUUACUAGUGGAUAUAAUAGUAAAAGCAAAUAAUUUUUGGUGAUUAUGAAAUUUCCUUAUGCUUCUAACUGGAGGUUUUAGCCAUAUGUUACAUUUAAGUACUAAAUUAUCAGUACAAUGUCUUUAUGCAUAGUAGUACAUGUUAUUGCUAAUUGCAUUUGAAAUAUCAAGCAAUUUUCUGUUUAAAGAAAGUUCUUAUGGAAGUCCAGUUAAUUUUUUAAUACCAAAUCCUCACAGAUUCUGGCCUUCAUGAUCUAGAUUAUUAGAUCAGUAGCGAAUUCCUUUCACCUGCCUGAUUUAAAUUUGGAUUCUAGCACUGUGAUGGGCAAGUUAUUGAGCCUCACUGUGCCUUACUUCCCCCUUAGUAAAAUACUAAUAUUGUAUUAGUACUGCCUUAGGAAGAUGCGAUGCUGUAACCUGUGUAAAACUCAGACUGUGGUGCCCGAACUUGCGCAGGGACUGUUACCUGUUGUUACCAUUAUUAACAGAGCUUAAAAAUAAGUGUAAUUAGAAUAAAUAUGUUUAUAUAAGAUAACCAAGGCAUAUUUUAGGUGACGUGAAAUUCGUUAAUAAGCAAGAAAUGGGUUUAAUUAGUCUAUUAAAAUUAUUUACAUAUUAAUGUAUUAUGGAUUUUAUUGUAUAUGGUUUGCUUUUUUAAUUGUUGGGAUUUGUAACAUGAUUUAGUCAGCAGAAAGUGAUUAGCUGUUAAGUGAAACAGUUUUGUCUCUGCUGUUAAUGUAGGUUUUAAUUGUUAAACUCAGUAAAAUCUCAUAAUGGAGGCUCAGCUGAUUCACAUUAAUAAUUUUGGUGGGAGCUAAAAUUGAGAAGAAAUUCACCCAGAGAAAGGGACAUUUACUCAUUAUGUGCACUAUAAGUGCACGUACGCUAUAAGUACUUAAAAUACAUUGUCAUUUUAAUACUUAAAACUCUGAAGCAAAUUCUGCUUUCUCAGGCCUUUAGCAGGGAGCUGGAUUGGAAUUGGAGCAGCCAGGACCCAAACUGGCGCCCAUAUGGAUGCCAGCAUCACAGGCAGUGGCUUUACCCCCUAUGCCACAACACUGGCCCAUCAUUCUGCCAUUUUAUUUUAUGGAUUGGUUUCUGUAGGAACUUUAUUUGAUCGGCAAAGUGACAGGGAGAAACAGAGAAAGAGCUCUUCCGUCAGUUGGUUCACUCCCCAAAUGGCUGUGAGGAUUGAGACUGGGCCAGACUGAAGCUAGUAUCCAGGAACUCCUGGGUGUCCCUUAGGGGUGGUGGGAUCCAGCUACUUGGUCAUCUCCCACUGCCUUUCCAGAUGCUUUAUCAGGGAGCUGGAUCAGAAGCGGAGCAGCUGGGACUGGAACAGGUACUCUGCUAUCCAGUGGUGACGGUGCAGACUGCGUCUUAACCUGCUGUGCCAGAGUGCUGGCCCUGCUAGGUCACAGAGUUUAGCAAAAAUGAAUAGAGGGUUGUGAUCUAGAACACAGGCCUAGAAGCAGGUUUGCGCUUAAAUUCUUGACUGGAUUGUGUGCUUUCUCUAAACCUAGAGUUCUCUAGCUGUAAAAUGAAGAUAAGGUGAUACUACUACCUUCCAGGAUUGUUAGGAACAGUUACGACUAUGCAUAUGAAAUACUUGGUACUGGGAUGGCUUAGCAAAUGGUUGGUACUCAGUAUAUGGUGAUUCUGAUAGAAUCAGCUGCCUAGUUUUAUGUGCUAUAUAAGGCUUUCAUGCUUGCUUUUUGUGCCUCAAAGCUUCUGUUACAAGAUUUGUAUAUUUUUUUUUUUUUACACCU